AUGGCGUGUAAUAUAGCCUAUUGCAUAUGCCAUAUGUUCAAUAGGCCUACUGUUUACGUUUUCAGGUGUGGUGAAUGUAAUGGAAAACAACCAUCAGGUAAAUCACGGAGAAAAACAUCCUCAGCACUGGAGGAGCUGCAAGUUGAUCAUAGAUCCUGCGUUGAAUAAUGGGUUUUAUAAAGUGUAUCGUUAUGAUGGGCAACAUUUCAACAUGCCAGUGAGUACAUUUAAUUAUUGAUUUGUACAUGUAGUUGUAUUCAUAUUUUUAGGCUACUUGUUGAAUGUUGUUCCAGAUACUGUAGCCCUUGACCUAAACUUUCUUUUGACAACACACUUUUUUUCUGUUCCCACAUGAGUGUUCUUACCUCCUUGAUGUAUGCUGUAUCAGGUUCAGGACUUAGGGGUAUUUCCUGUGGAUACUGUUCGGGAUCCCAGAAUCUGUCCUAUUUGGACCAAAUUCAGAGACACUGACCUGCUGGUCCCCAAAUUUAAGGUAACACCUAAUUUUCUGUGACGACAGUCAUGUGAAAUGCAAUUUCUGAUCAUAGAUGGAUAAUAAUAAUUGUUUACCAACUGACAAUCUGUUAUCUGAUUAAUGUUUAUAGAUUGAUGAAUGCUAUGUCGGCCCUCCCAAGGAAGUGACAUUUGCCAGGUUAAAUGACAAUGUAAGGGAGUGUUUCUUGACUGACAUGUGCAUAAAGUACGGACAGAUUGAGGAAGUGGAAAUCUUGUAUAAUCCUAAAAACAAGAAGCAUUUAGGAAUUGCUAAAGUCAUCUUCGACACAGUCAAGGCUGCAAAGGACACUGUGGAACACCUUCAUGACACCUCUGUCAUGGGGAACAUUAUCCACGUGGAACUUGAUCCAAAAGGUACGUUAAUAUAAUAGAAUGAUAAUUGAAAAUAAUAAUAAUAAUAAUAAUAAUAAUAAUAUGCCAUUUAGCAGACGCUUUUAUCCAAAGCGACUUACAGUCAUGUGCGCAUACAUUUUUACGUAUGGGUGGUCCCGGGGAUCGAACCCACUACCCUGGCGUUACAAGCACCAUGCUCUACCAAUUGAGCUACAGAGGACCACUUAAUUACACAUACAUAAUUACACAUACAUAACUAAUGUCAAUACAUGUGAUAAUAGAUUAUGAUUUAUGAUUUUCAAUUGACUUUUGGGUGGUGAUCCAUCUGACUCUAAUCCUCCUCAGGUAAAAACAGAAUGCGGUACUUCCAUCUCCUUGUUAGUGGACUCUACACCCCUUGGACAUUGCCACUGGGCAGUGAUGAGCAUACCCUCAAUAGCCUAACUGAGAGAUUGCAGGUAAUAUAAUUCUACUGCUCUACUGUUCUAAUGUGUUCCAUUUCUAGUUCUUCGACAGACAUAAUUCAAUCUUAUGUUUAUUACUGCUCAUUAGAGAAGUUGUUUUUGGUUGUGGUGAUGUGAGUAGACUCGGCUGAGGUGAUGUGAGAUGCUUCAUUGCUUCAUUUUAGCCAUUCUGUUUUGUCUCCUCCAUCUUUAGGACAGCAAACCUCUGCAGAAACUGACUGAUGGGAGUUCAUCAUUGACAAGGUCUAUUUCCAGUCCCACCAGCGUUGCUACACCUUUCUCCCUGGACACAGCCUACUCCAGUAUCUGGCAGGACACACCGGGCAGCUUUGGGCAGACACCCCUCUCUCAGGGCACCCCUCACACCCCCUGCCUGUCUGGGACCCCCCUCUCUCAGGACUCUUGCUACUCCAGCCAGCACACCACCCCAGUCCACCAAGUCAGUCAGGGUGAACACUCCUCAUACGGUACUCACAGACGCUUGAGGCGCGAUGUCUGCUAUCGUCAACCAGGGAGAACUUAUAUGAGAUCCCACCAUCGGAGCUCAGAGCUGAGCUCUCUCCUCAAACACCUCCAACCUCACCGUCCUCUCCAGCCCCAAACCCAGGCUGCGGGCAGCAGCUACAAAUCUUCCUUCCUCUGGUAUCAGAACCGCCUGCCCUCGGCUGAUGAUAACCCUGCCACAGAGCCUCCCCUCCACCUCUCCCUUCCUGAACAGGAGUCCUGGAGGGUGCCCUCUCUACCUCCUGCCUCUGAGUCUUUCCCUCUGAGCAGCAGCUCUGCCAGUGCCACAAGUAUGAACGUGGUACCUCUGAAGGAGAGACCCCAGUCUCUCCCUUCUGGGCCCAAUGCGGGCAUUACAGAACCGACCCCUUCCACUCCCGAUAACUCUCCUGGAAGCCCCAUCCCAGAGGCAGAGAGCCACAGCCUGGACUCACGCAUUGAGAUGCUGCUCAGGAAGACUCAGAGUUCCUGCCUCCCUCUCCAUGGUAAAAGGGGUUUGGAUGCUGAAGUGCACUCUCAGGACAGCCCUGUUUCCCCAUUCUCCCCUGUCUCGAUGUACUCUCCUGAGUCUGACCGCACCCCAGCCCGUAGUGGAUCUCCCGUUAACUCUACCCACCACACCACCAGUGAUGGUCUGGAGGAUGUCAGUCCCACUCCCCUCCCUGAGUGGGAAGGAGACGAGUCCCUUCCAGGGAUGCCUUCCCUAAUAUGGACCUCACAGCCCCCCUGUCCCCCUGGGACCCUCUCUCUCACUCAAAGGGAGAGAAGUAAAGGAACAGAGUUGGACCAUGCAGAUCAGACAACCUCUGGUGAAAAGUAUAUGGGACGGGGACUCCAUUCCUUAUCAUUUCCUCAGGUAUUGGAGAAAAUGCAGAGGAUGAACACAUUGAUAUGUUUCACACGUUUACCAGCAACAUCAUAGAUAAAGAAUUAGGGACAGAUUUCUUGCAUUGCACAUUGGGGGGUGGGGGGUGGGGGGGGGGGGGGGUUACAAUCUAUUCAUUUUACAUUUCUUUCACAGGGUCUCCAUUUGCCAGGGGAAGACAAGGACAUCUCAAAUGCGGGGCGAUCUGGAAUGUCGAAUCCCAAAAGCCAUUGUUCCAAGAGCAUCACAGUCAACUCCUCCAUUCCCUCCUUGCGACAGCCUCUUCCAAUCUCCUCUCUCAAUCACCCUGCUCCAAUCCCUCCCUCCAAUCUUCACUCUUCAGUUCUCUCUUCCAAUCGUCCCCCUCCAAUCACUCACUCCAACCUCCCCAUUCAAUUCUCUCCCUCCAACCCUCACCCUCAAAUCCCCCCUUCCAUCCCUCCCAUUCCAGCUCCUCUUUCUAUUCCAAUCCCACCUCCAGGAUUCCCUCUGCUUCCUCAACACAUUCCUCCUCCUCUCACUGUCUUUGGGCCUCCUCCAACUAUGGCAGCCCCUCCCUCUAUCGUACAUCCAGUUUACCCAUAUCCCUUGAAUACGCUGCACACUGUGCAUAUGGACAAGGUGAAUGGUCUGCCCGGGUGUGGUAGUGUGCCAGUGUCGUUUGCUGGGCAACCCUGGCCCCUGCCUCCCUUCAUGCCCACCUUCAACCCCUCUGUGCCCCCGCCAGGCUACCUGCCUCUGCAGGAGGACUCUCAUAAGGCCACAGUGGAAAAGGUGCUGGCAGUCAUUACGGAGGAGCUGAAGUCCAUCGUGAAGAGAGACAUCAACCGUAAAUUGGUUGAGGGGGUAGCCUUCAGGGCGUUUGAUGAGUGGUGGGAUGGCCAGGAGCAGAAAGCUAAGGUGAGCUACUACAUAGUUGAAGUCCAGUAUAGUUGAAGAUACAUAACUCUUCUACACCACAGCAAAAUAUCUGUUUUGAUUCUUGUGGUUUGUUGCUAUAAUGUUUAUAAUGCUUCUUCAUUUCGUCAUUUGUCAGACUGCUGUAACUCUUGUGAGAGCCAUAGAGGGUGGAGUGGAGGUGAGGACCAAACCAAGAGACUCCCUAAGACAGAACAUUGGCCAGCGUGGUGCCACCAACCUCCCUUCCUUCAAGGUAGGCUACUGCUGCUACCAUGAAGGAGCUCAAACAAGGUACAGUGUGACUGUGUCUGUGGGGGUGAUUAUCAUGAUGAUCGUGACUUGUGUUCAUGUGUAGGUAAAGAAGAAAGAGCCCGACGAUCGAACUGCCUCAGAGGACCCCAAAAGAAAGUGUCCCUACACACCUGUUAAUGAUGCGCAUGAGAGUGCUGGUUAGUGCUGUGCACCAGGACAAGGCAACAUAUUCAUUCCCCAGUACGAUUUCAAUUGGUUUUCAAAUGAGAAUAUUGUGAAUGCUUAGCACGCUUUCUUUCUCUUUCCCCCUCAGAGCUGGAUAAUAAUAUAGCGAAUCACACAUUGGACAGGUCCCCAAAAACUGGAAGUAUUCCAGCUCUGAGGCGAAGACAUGCAAGGCCACUGGAGCUGGACAGUGAGGGGGAAGAGGAGGAAGAGGAGAGCAGAGAGAAAGAGGGGGAGCCAACAAGAGAGAAAGAGGAGGCAGCAGACAAGGUUCCCCAACGCCAGGUACACAGAGGUUUCCAGCUGUCAAUCAACAGAAAUACCAAAAUGACAAAUGUAUUUAAUAAAAUGACAUGAUGAAGUUGCAAUGACCAGUUGUUUGGAUUUUUUUUCAGCAGAGGGAUGAAGAUGAUGACAAUGACCAAAAAGAGGAAGAAGUGGACGAUGAUGAAGAUGAAGAUGAAGAUGUGGUCUUCUCUAAAGUUACAACAGGAUUACAGUCUCCAAAUGAGGGUAAUGUUUAAGAAGCUUUGAGUUUUUGUCUUAAGGGGUUUUAAUAGUUAUAAUAAACGUAAUGCUCAAUGAUUCUGUUACACCUACUGAAAUGCACAUUAUUGUUUUCUCAUUUACCAGAAGUUGCCAAGGUAAGCCUCUCGGAGGUAGAGUCUUACUCCGCAGAAGACAGUGAAUACCUCUCAGAGUCUGACUCCUCAGACUCCUUCUCUGAGGAAAGUGAAGACUUCUCAGACUAUGACUCCAGUUCUAACCAGGAGACAGAGGAAGAGGAGGAGACAGAUGGAGAUGCUGAUGAGGUCAACAGGGAGGUAGAGUGUGUGGUGUUGUCAUCAGAUGAGGAUGAGAUGGAUCUGGAGCCCCCGGCCACACCCUCAGCCCCUCAUACCCCAGGCACAGAGCUGGACCUAUUGGAUGGUUCAGAGACGCUCCUGAGGGAUCAGCCUGGGGAGGAGAAGCACUCAGUCUGUCUGACUGGAGAUGUUUUUGGGCGCACCAGCAGCACCAGCCAACCUGACCCAGGGAUGGAGCGCCUGCCCAGUGAGCACGACCAUGAUCUCCAGGCCCCCUCACCCAUAGGACUGCCAGGUAGAUUUAUUUAAAGACAUGCAUGUGUUGGUAAAUAAUAAUAGAAGUGCUCUUCAAUAACAUUUGAACAACUCUUAUGUAUGCUUGGGUACAUUGUAGAAUGUCUUCAUUUUAGGCCUGACAGCAAUUACAGGGUUGAACAAAAAAUUGUGUUUGUUUUCCUCUACCUACAGUGGUGGAGCCUGAUUUUGAGGUGGAGAUAGAUAGCCCUGAAUGGAGCAUUGAGUCACCAGAUAAUGUGGAGAACCUCCGGCCUCUCACCCCUACUGGCUCUCUGGGAGACAGCGACUCAGACCUGCUGUUCAAGAGCAAAACAACCCCCCCUGCUGUGGAAGAGUUGGAACUGCCACACACUCCUGGUCGGGGAGCAGAGGCCCUCCUGGAGAGUGAGGAGGACUCUAUGGACCAUCUCCUCUCCCUCUCUCCCACAGACAGUGAGCCUUUGUCCCAGAGCCAUCCCACUCAUCCCCCUGCCUUAGCCUCAUACCCAGCAUACGAGGACAUGCCCAAAACACCAGGCAGAGAUGAGAGGGGUCUAUGGAAUCACCUUACCCCCUGGAGGGUGCCAGUGACACCGGGCAGAGAGACAGGCCUCACAGAGGGAGGCCUGGGGUUUAGUCCCACUCCCUGUAGCCCUUUCCCCCUCCCCUCCCUGUCCACCGGCCUCUACAUCAGGACCCCACGAACCCCUGGGAGGGACUUCAUCCCAACCAAGAGAACACACAGGAAUACUACACUUAUGGUGGCCUCUUCACAGAGGACUAAUGGUGCUCCUUUAUCCUGUGAUGAAUUGCUUACAGACUCAUCUGUUCUAGCUUCCUCUCCUAGCAGCCUGUCUGAGUCAUCAGCAGAGACUCCUGACCAUGGGGGUGUGUGGCUUAAUCCUAAUCCUGGGACCCAGAGGAAGAUGCCCCUGCAGGGCCUGGAGAACUGGUCAGGGCUGGCGGAUGUGGAGAACCACAGAGAAAUGGAGAAGUGCUCUUGGAGGAGGGUACAACCGAGAAUGAGGCGGAGGAUGAGGCGGAGGAUGAGGCGAUGGCAAAGGAUGACGUCACUGCAGACAGCCAUGCCCUCUGUCUUCUCUGCCAGACCCUGUCGUCGGUCACGAAGUGAGGAGAUGACUGUCCUCCACAGUGUCUGGAGGGAGGGUCUGGAUGAGGAGGAUGCCAAGCUGCUGCAGGUCACCUAUGACAGGCUGCUACAGCAGGACAAUGGCUUCAGCUGGCUCAGUGACACUCUCUGGGUCCCCCACCCUCAUAUCCUUUACUACAGAGCUGUUAUUACCAUACUGUCACUGGACACUGAUACACUAAUGGGAUCUCAACUGUUAUUGUGUAUGUUUUAGAACUCAUUUUUAUAGACUAACUGUUGCACAUUGACAUUAAUUAAGAAUUGCAUACAUAUCCCUCUAUACAUCAGUGAAUGAGUGUCUAGUUCCCUUGACCCCUUUGCACUCACCAGAGUCUUGACGGAGAAGAGGAAGGAGCUCAAUGAUUGGAUGCGGGACCAUGUGACAGGAUCUGCCCGCAGCGAGGGCUUUUACAAAAUCAGCAAGAUGGACAAAAUGAAAUACCUCAACAACACGUGUUUGGCUACAGACACCCAGGUAUUCAGAGAGGAAAAGCUCUUCCCCAUGUUAUUCUAUGCCAUACCUGAUAACUGACAGCUUUGAUAAUGGACAUUAUUUUAUUUCUGCAGGGGGUGAGUCUUUCAGCCCAGCCGCAGCCCUCCCUGCGGUCUGGGUCUGAGUUCAGGUCUGAACAACGCCGUCUGCUCUCCUCCUUCAGCUGUGACAGUGACCUGCUCAAGUUUAACCAGCUUAAGGUCAGUCAACCACUCAUCUGUGCCCAGACAGACAGUACAGUUUAGUGUAUCUCUUACUGCAGACAACAUGAGGCUUUACUCACAGACGAUAUUCCUGUGUUUCAGUUCCGCAAGAAGAGAAUUCGUUUCUGCCGCAGUCACAUCCAUGACUGGGGCCUGUUUGCCCUGGAGCCCAUAGCAGCAGAUGAGAUGGUGAUUGAGUAUGUGGGCCAGUGCAUCAGACAGGUGAGACACAGACUGGGCCACAGUACACAGUAAAUAGGUAGCACAAUAAGGGACAUGCCAAGUAAGGGGCACAGCAGACUGGUGUAACAUUUUGAUACAUAUUAAUGUACAUGUAUAUUUAAUCUAGAGCUAAUUCUUAACUGAGUGACUUGUGUGAAUGGGCCCGCCACCCCUCUCCUCAGGUGAUUGCAGAUAUGCGGGAGAAGUGCUAUGAAGAUGAGGGGAUUGGGAGCAGCUACCUGUUCCGGGUCGAUCAGGAUACCAUCAUCGACGCCACUAAAUAUGGGAACUUGGCCAGAUUUAUCAACCACAGCUGCAAUGUGAGUGGUUUAUGGUCUAUGGAAAAAAUUAACAUUUCAGAACUAUUAUGUGUUGUAAAUGGUUUGAUUUAUAGUAUUGAUAAUUUAUAAAACAUUUUGGAAACAGAUACAAUGGUCAGACUAUCACACUUAGGGGUUGUAAAUGGAGGGUAUAUUACCGGAAACGUUCAAAGUUUACCAGUAAAAUACCAGAAUUUUGGCAUUUUCAAUCUAGCACAAGACACCUAGUGGCCCUUUUGGUACUUCAGAUUAUUACAGGUGUCUAAUUAUCUCUGUCCCUCUGUGUGUUAAAUUAAUUAAAUAAUUAAUUAAGUAAUUAAAAAAGAUGAUUGCUGUAAAACAUUAUCCUAAAUAUAAACCAUCAACUUAGUUAAUACCAUUGGUGUUUAAUAUGAGGGUUUCAGUAUGAAAUAUACUUUAUAUUUUUUACACACUUAUUUAUUUUACUAUGUCAGUAUGUAUUUGUUGUCAAUGUUUUGGCGUCAAACUGGUGACAGUUGUGAAAAAAGUAUAUAGUUUCAGAGUUAAUAGAAAAUAAUGCAAUUGUUGAUUAGAUGCUUUUUUCAUUAAUUAGGCUAUUUUCUCUUGAACCAUAUGGUCUAUCCACUAGAAACUCAUGGACAAUAUGGACAUAGAUAUAAAAAUGAAUACUAUACAUUAAUACAUUUUUCAAAAGUUAUUCAAGUGUAAAUUACUAAAGUUAUAAUAGAUUGCCAUAGAUUUUCGGUUAAUUACCAAAAUGACUGAAUAUUCCAGUAACUUUGGUAAAUUACCGGUAGCUUUGCAACCCUAAUCACACUGAUGAUUUAGUAAUCAUUUUUCUCUCUUCAGCCUAAUUGCUAUGCAAAAAUCAUCACAGUGGAAUCCCAGAAGAAGAUAGUGAUCUACUCCCGGCAGCCCAUCGGUGUCAAUGAGGAGAUCACGUAUGAUUACAAGUUCCCCAUUGAGGAUGAGAAGAUUCCCUGUCUGUGUGGAGCAGAGAACUGCCAGGGCUCCCUCAACUGA